AUGGCCCACUCGGCAGCCCCCGGCCUCCCGCUCCCCGCCACGGCCCUGCUGCAGGACUGGGGCUGCCGUGGCCCCCCGGACCCCGAGGGCUACAGCAGCAGCUCGCCCGCACCCUCGCCCGACUCCUGCGGCCUCUCCUCCCCCGCCGCCGCCCGGGGACCUUGUCGCGGCCCCCCCACCCCUCGCCUGCGGGGCGGCCCCGGGGGCAGGAAGGGGGUGCGGGGCGCGGGGGGCCCGCGUCAGAGCGCCAGCGAGCGGGAGAAGCUGCGGAUGCGGCGGCUGGCGCAGGCGCUGCGGCGGCUGCGGCACUACCUGCCGCCCGCCCUGGUGCCCGCCGGGCAGAGCCUGACCAAGAUCGAGACCCUGCGCCUCGCCAUCCGCUACAUCGCCCACCUCUCGGCCCUGCUGGGGCUCAGCCAGGAGGCGCUGGCCCGGCGGCGGGGGGCGGCCCCCCGCCACUGCCCCCUCUGCCCGCAGGGGCUGGGGUGCUGCCAGACCCCUGACCCCCGCCUGCACCCACCGGCCGAUGCUUCGCCCCCCGGCACUGUGGGCUGGGGGUCCCCUCCCAUGGUGGGGACCCCCCCGGAGCUGCACGGGACUGCCGGCAUGGGGAGGGGGGCCUGGGGGUCACCACCCUGUGGCUCUGUUGUGGGGAGCCCCCAAGAGAUGCUUGGGGCUCCUGACAUGGGCAUGGAGGCCUGGGGGUCCCCCCACUACAUCCCUGUGGGGGGGACCCCCCCGGAGCUGCAUGGGGCUGUCACCUCCAACACGUCCUCCUGGCUGUCCCCUCCUCACUGCGCAGGGGCAGGGGCCCCCCCAGAUCUCCCCGGUGACCCCCUCCUGGACGCGGGGCUGAUGCUGCCGGAGAUCGUGGACGCAGGGACAGUCACCCAGGACCUCUCCACGGACUUGCUCUCUCUCCUGGAGGCUCUUCUCCCGCCGCAGCCCCAGGACUGACCCGGACGAGCCCCCAUCUCCCCACGGCCCCACCACGCACUGUCUGGAUGCCUGCAGCUUGGGGGAUGCGUGUCCCCCCCAGGACAGUUGGGAGGU